AUGGCCGAGCAAGAGCAAGAUAUGGAAAGAGUCAAUGAAGAGCUUACAGAUCUGCGUAAGAAUAUAGGUCAAAUCAUGGAGAUGUUGCAAGUAAUACGUGCAAAGAUGGAUACUCAACCCACAAUUGUUUCUGCGAUCGUCAAUCCGGUGAUUAAUCCUCAGCCAACAAUUACUACUCCAGCAACUUGGCCUCUCUUUGGUCCUCCUCAUGGUUUUGUGCCUCCUACUCAAGGACACUUCACUCAAUACACAGUUCCACUAACUACUGAAGUUAAUCAAGUGAUUCCCACUUUUGCACCCACUGCCAUGCACACUCGAGUUCAACCGUGCUUCGAUGGUCAUCAACAAGUGUAUGAUAUACCAUAUAUGUCUGAAGAAGGUGAUGAAAGACAUGAAAAUCUGAGAGAAAACGUUGAAACUAUUGAGAAAAGGCUGAGAGCAAUGGAAGGUGAUCAGAUCUUUGGUGUUGCUGCCAGAGAAAUGUGCCUUGUAUCUAGACUGGUGAUCCCCGCAAAAUUCAAGACACCCAACCUUGAUCAAUAUGAAGGAGCUACUUAUCCCAAAAGUCAUCUCAUCAUGUACUAUAGAAAGAUGGCAACUCAUGUGGACAAUUACAAACUCAUGAUCCAUUGUUUCCAAGACAGUUUGAAAGGUUCCUCUUCCAAAUGGUACUUAACCCUUGAUCAAACUCGCAUCCGUUGUUUCCAAGAUUUGUGUGAUGCUUUCAUCAAACAAUACAAGUACAAUAUGGAUCUAGCUCCUGAUAGAAGGCAAUUGUUGAGCAUGUCCCAAAAAGAUUCUGAAUCCUUUAAAGAAUAUGCACAAAGGUGGAGAGAGACUGCAUCUCAAGUGGAACCUCCAUUAACUGAAAAAGAAUUGGCAGAUUGGUUCGUCGACACACUAGUAAUUCCAACAAUAACAACAAUACCAAGAAAUUCUCUAGUAGUUUCCAUAAGAAAAAAGGAAGGAGAAACAAAUGCAGUGAUGGGUAGUAGAAGAAAAAAGCAACAAUAUUUUGCUCAACAACAGUAUGUUCAACAACCACAAUUUGCUCAGCAGCCGUAUGUAGCAGCCAUUACACCAACUUUCAAUCAACAAGUCCCAGUGUAUCAGUCGACUCAAGCAGUUCUGAUCUUUCAAACACCCAACAUUCCAACUUAUCAACAAGCACCCAACGCUCCAGCUUAUCAACAAAGGACUCCAUCUCCAUGCCAAAAUGCUCCAUUUCAAAAUAGAAGACAAGGUGGAAAACCUCUGAUUCCUCCGAUUCCUAUGUCUUACACUGAAUUAUAUCUGACAUUGUUGAAGAAAGGGUUAGUUGUUCCAAGACCUUUGGGUCCUCCACCAGAUCCUCUCCCACCAUAUUACAAUCCCAAUGCACAUUGUUUGUUCCAUGAAGGCGCCCCAGGGCAUGAUUUGGAAGGCUGUUAUGCCUUAAAACAUAUUGUGAGGGAAUUGAUUGAGAAAAAGAUUCUUUCAUUUGGGGAUACCAGUCCGAAUGUAAAAAAUAAUCCUUUGCCCGCUCAUGGGUCUGUGAAUGCUAUUGAUGAUGAGCCUGAUGAAGGUCCGAUUCUUGAUGCAACCAAAAUCAAGACUCCGCUUAGAGAUUUUCAUGCAAAGUUAGUAGAGGCAGGUUUAUUGAAAAAUUGCCAUAAGAGUUGUGAAGAAUGUACUAUUGGUCCUAAAGGAUGUGAAAUGGUCCGAAAGGAUAUUCAAGAAUUGAUUAACCAAGGUAUGUUGCAAGUAAGCAGUCGUAUGAAAAAGAAUGAGGUAGCAGUGAUUGAACCCAUCUUUAAUCUACUUGAGUUAAGUACUACAACACCAAUCUUCAAUAUUCCAGAGCCAAUAUUCAACAUUCCAGAUUCUACUAUUGUUCAGUCAAUUUUCAACAUUCCAGAAUCAGUUGAACCAAUCUUCAAUAUGCCUAAUACAGUGGUUGUCCAAAGGCCUGGCUCUUUUCCUUUUGAGAAUACUAAAGCAGUUCCUUAG